GGUAAAGAGCAGUAGCUACUAGUAACAAGCAAACACUAAGGAAAAAACCUACAAACCAGUGGCACAUAUACAAAUCGCAGCGGCGCGAUCAAUCUUAACUUGGUCAGACAUAAAGUUUAAGUUUACGCGCAACAACAACAACAGCAACAACAGCAACAAUCUACAAUAACAACAGCUACAACGAUAGAUACAAUGUCUGCUACUUCAAACUGUGAUUGCUUAGUGAGUGUACCAACCGGACCAACGCUGGCUGCAACAUGUGGUGGUAGCGCUUUUAUGUUAUUUAUGGGCUUAUUAGAGGUUUUCAUACGUUCACAAUGUGAUUUAGAAGACCCAUGUGGCAGAGCGAGUUCAAGGUUUCGUUCAGAACCAGAUUAUGAAUAUGACUUCAUUGUGGUUGGUGGUGGUUCAGCUGGUUCUGUGGUUGCAUCACGUCUGUCUGAAGUGCCAAAUUGGAAAGUCCUACUCAUUGAAGCAGGUAGGUGA